AUGCUAGCUGUUGUCUGCCUGCUAGCGGUGCUAUGUUCUACCUAUGCCGAAUCCGCUACCGCGUCAUACUUCGACAGUGCAGACCACUGCAAGCCAAUAUGUCCCUGUCUUAUGGAUGGAAUCUACCAUGAUCACGGGGACGAAUGGACACAGAAAGACAAGCCAUGUGUCAGAUACAAAUGUGAGGAUGGAUUUUAUCAACCAAUUUAUCAAGGUUGUGAUUACAAAGGUCAAUGCAAGGACGCCAACUCUACAUGGACGGAAAAGUGUAUGACAUACAGAUGUACAAAUUUUGAAACCUACAACGACUACACACUUAUAGAGGGAGGAUGUCGCGCGCAGGGCGAGUGCAAAAAGUUAAGUUCGUUUUGGCAUGAUGGCUGUUCGAUGUUUCAGUGUGUGGAGAAAGACGACGAACCCUUGUUCUACAUGCUCACUGAUGAGUUAAUGUACUGGCCGACCGGGAACUACAGUUUAUUAGAAACAGUUGGAGGAUGUCCUGUUGAUGUAAAGGAGGAAUGGAAAACAGGCUCUAGAUUUCAUAUGGGAGAUGGUCAGAAUUUUGUCUCCACACCCUUCAAUCUUCAUGGAAACUAUACAAAGAAGUUUUUCGAGCACAGAUUUUGUUCACAUGUUGGAAUGUCUGACACCACUCUCAUUCCUCGUUAUCAGACUUAUUGGGACCCAGGCCGGUAUUGUAUUAUGCGAUUGAACGGGAAUUGUCCAGAGGGUUUUCAUGAGGGGUAUGUCGAAAUGGAUGACUUGAAUGGUUUUGAACUUCUCAACUACGUCAAUGGAACCGUUCCGGAUGGCAAAUAUAAAACGAACACUGGGUUUGAUUUCUGUUGUCGUACAGAUGGGGAUAUAGAUACUCCAAUUAUAUUACCAAAAGAAUUACCCUUCGCACUGUUUAUGGCGUCUGAAGCGGACGACUGUCAGACUGUCCGAGGGAUGACCUACAAAAAAGAAUUUUUUGUAUUUGAUGAUGAGAAUGUUGACGUCAAUUUGAAGAAAACGGGCUCUACACCUGAAAUUAAAGACUGUGACAACAAUACCAUGAUGUACUUUUGCUUCUACACACCAUUGGACUGCGGCUGCAAGGAUAACGACGGGAACUUUAUAAAAACAGGAAGCAAGUUAACCACUGGUUGUGUGACUUACGAAUGCAAAGAGAUACAAAAUAUAGAGUACCUGGAGGUUUUUGAAGGCGGUUGUAGUGUCGGAGACAUCUGUAAGAAAGAAAAUGAGACGUGGAUAGAGACCCAGGGCGAGAAAUGCAAUCAGAAGAUAUGUCAUAGGGAUUUGGAUGAAAGGGGACAAACGAUCUUUGUCGUGAAAUCAAUUAAACUAGGAUGUCAGGAUGCUGAGCUAUGUCGUGAUCUAGGCUACAAAAAGGCACGCGGUUGUUACGUGUCGGAAUGUCGACUGCACCCUACAACGUAUAUGCCCUAUUUUUAUCUGCAAAAAGCUGGUUGCAGUGACGGAACAGGAGGUUGCAUCCCUAUAGGAACAACAUACACAAAGGACUGUAUCACGUACAGGUGUCGAAGGCAGACCUCUAGAUGUGGUAACGAGUUUGUAAAGGGAGCUUGUAAGUAUUAUGGCGAGUGCAAAGACCCCUUCAUGGCCUUCAAAGGGCACGGAUGUAACAUACUCCAAUGUAUGAUGGAAAAGAAUGGCACAUCGAUAAGAUUAUACGUAAAGACUUUUCUUUCUAUGUGUAGCUACAACAACCAGUGCUACAAAAUAGGCCAGACAGUCCAAGAUGGCUGCUUUUUGAGGAGAUGUAUGGCAGGUACCAAUGGAUAUGCCUGUCACAUGGGUCUCGACACAGGAGCUUGUGCUAUGGGCGACGGGACCUGUUUGAACGUAGGAGAUACAUACGAAGAUAGGAGACGCUGUGUUACCUAUUACUGCAAGCAGGAGCAACGAGGAUCAAGUUAUACGUUUUCUAAAACAAUCCAAAAAAUGGGUUGUUUGUUUCGUGGAACUUGUGUUCCGGAAGGAAGUUUUCAAAAUAAUUCUUGCUCCGAGUAUGUAUGCAGUGUAAAAAAGACGCCCGAUAAUAGGUACAGUGCCGCAAUGAAUCCUUACAAACGGGCAUGUAGAGACUACAAAGGGAAUUGUUUAGCCAUAGGAGAGUCCAUAGAGGAAAAUUGCAGCACGUACACGUGUGAUGACAACAAUCCAUCCCAUACUCCUGUUCUCAAGUUCGUCGCACAAAAAUGCAAAGAUAAUAACAGAGUGUGCAGGUCCAUUGGGACUGAAUGGAACGACGACAAAAGGUGUAUGGUGUUAAAAUGUGAUUCCUACAAGUUACCGAAUGGCAAGCAUGGUCUCCAAAUCACGCCUUCAAAAAUGGGUUGCAUGUACCGAGGAAUAUGUAGGCAAUCAGGCGAAGAGUGGGCGGCAGGGAACUGCCUUGUAAGGAAAUGUCUUGUUUCCUCUUCAAAUGGCCGUUACAGCAGAUCCAUCCAGACUAAAGCUGCAGGGUGUAAAGAUCCCAGCACUGGUUUGUGCAGAAAGCCUGGAGAAGAAUGGAAACAUGCCUUUAGAAAUGGAUGUGCCAUGCUUGUGUGUGUGACCUGUGAACGGGGAGGCUAUAAACCUAGCGUUGCUCAAUACUUAUGUAAGGAUGCAAGCGGGAAAUGCCGACACAUCGGAGAUAAAGGUUUCACAGUCAGUUAUAGAAACAGAUAUUAUAGUGGAUGCCAAUGUAAAGCUUCCGGUAUUCAUGCUAGAGUUUCUUGUGGCGGGAGAAAAUAA